CUUGAGUUGGUACUGUCUUUUUACACGUAUCAGUUGUUUCACACAACAAAGUUUCGUAUCUUCGAUUAUGGAUUCUCGAAGAAAGAGAACGAAAGAUAAAUAUUCGGUUCUGCUUCCUACUUACAAUGAAAGAGAAAACUUACCUCUAAUUAUCUGGCUUUUAGUCAAGUCAUUUACGGAAAGUGGAUAUGAUUACGAGAUUUUAGUCAUAGAUGAUGGAAGCCCAGAUGGAACCCUGGAGAUUGCUACACAAUUGCAGGAUAUUUACGGAAAAAAUAAAAUUGUACUUCGACCAAGAGCCAAAAAACUUGGAUUAGGGACGGCAUAUAUCCAUGGAAUCAAGCAUGCUUCUGGCAAUUUCAUUUUCAUUAUGGAUGCUGAUCUAUCGCAUCAUCCAAAAUUUAUUCCAGAAUUUAUAAAAAAACAAGAGGAGAAUGAUUUUGAUGUUGUGUCAGGAACAAGGUACACAGGAACUGGUGGCGUUUACGGAUGGGACUUCAAACGAAAACUUAUCAGUCGUGGUGCAAAUUAUGUGACUCAAAUAUUGUUGCGACCAGGAGCAUCGGAUCUGACUGGAAGUUUUAGGUUAUAUAAAAAAGACGUUUUACAUAAUCUAAUUGAGGCAUGUGUGUCGAAAGGUUAUGUUUUUCAAAUGGAGAUGAUUGUUCGGGCGAGGCAGUUAAACUACACUAUUGGAGAGGUUCCUAUAACAUUUGUGGACAGAGUGUAUGGUGAAUCUAAACUUGGUGGAAAUGAGAUUGUUGGAUUUGUAAAAGGACUUUUAACCUUGUUUGCUACAACAUAGAUGCUGUAUAUAGGAACCUCAAGUUAUUGCAUUAUUUUUUUUAAUUUCGUCAGCACAGUAUUGUUUAUUUUAUUUUGAUAGCGGGCAUCAAACAGAUGCAUUUUUUUGUGUGCCUUAAAUGUGUGUUUUACUAAGCUUUUUACAAAGACCAUAUCAAUAGAAAACUCAAAUGAAAAGCUCUCACUGGUUGAAGCCCGGGUUCAGACCUUAAAAGAGAACUAGCAAAAUGAUUUUUUGUUCUAGAGGGGAAUUUUGAUAUGCCAUUAAUAGAAUCAACAUUAAAAUCGUUUUUUGGCAAUUGUUUAUGAAGUUAUAUACGAUUUUACCGUGACGUCACUGGCUAAAAAGUAAUAAAAAAAUCAUGUAAAUAGCGCUGCGUAGGGUAUUUGCUGCGUACAAUCUUUACGUGCAUGCUGUAACCAACGUGCAGCGGUUGUCAACAGAAGAGUUACAACAUUCACGCAAAGAUUGUAUGCGGCGGAUACCCUACGCGGUCAUCAUGAUAUAUCAGCAAGACCAUAACAGAUUUUAAACCAUCAAAAAUGUUGUAGCAUACCCCACUGUAUCUUACUUGCCCAGGCCUCUGUGUUAUACCACUGUAUAUGAAGCAUGCCAUCCCAAAACCAGCGUACUGUAUGUUAGAGUAAUUAGUAUAAAAAGUGUCCAUAUUGUAUAAUUCCAUUAAAUGACCCAUCAUUUUAAAUCUUGGGAGGAUAUAAAUAAAUGAAAAAUCAAUUUUCAUAUUUUUGGGAUGGCAUGCCCCAUAUGAUUUAUUGAGUAAUGACUACAAAGAAAGAUUUGGUAACUUUUCAAUUUUUUAUUUAUUGCAUGACAUGCAACAAUACAGAUAUAAUUAGUGAGAACUAUUCAAAAUAUUUAACAGAUAAAAAAUUAAUAUAAAACUUCAACAAUAUGUUUUAUCAAGAUUAACAAGAGUAUGAGACUAGAAAUGAAAAUAAAUUAUCCAAUUAUGCAA